AUGCCAAUCAAUUUGUUGCUGAUGAUGAUGAUGAAACAUUCAACUUCACUGUUAGGGUUGCUGCGGGAGAUCUUUUAGAAAUUUUGCUCGAAAGAUUUCCUGAAAAAACACUACAAGCUUUAGCUGAAACUACCCAACACCUUAUCGAAGAAUCUAAUAAAGCUCGUGCUGCAGGUGACAAUAUAUGGUGGAAGAUUCAAGAAGCUUGCCUUAAGGCGGUAGGAUUUGUUUCUAGUGAGCUUACAACAGCUUUGCAAGAUGAGGCUCCUAAAGUUAAAUUUGACCUGUCUGGACUGUUCGAGCAUGUAGUUUUUGAUCAUCUGACUGCGACAG